AUGCUCACGUACGUCCUGCCGUGCCCGUCACAGCGUCAGGGCCCGGACCGUCGCAUCCACCGGAUCCACCGACAGAUUCGCAGAUUCUACAGACUGCAAGCAGACAACGCAUGGCAAAAGCGAUGCCGGCCUGUCUGCAAGCCGGUGCGCUCUAGUUCGCAUGAGCUGCAGCUUCCGACUUGCGAUCGAGACGUGUGCUUGAAGUGCUCAACAUUCAGCCACUACCAUGCUCAGGUUGCGGCACUCUUGGCGGAAGCACCGAGCGAGGGUCUGCCGCCUGAGGAGGCCCCGCAAACUUCCCGCGGUGCUCGAGACGGGUUGCUGCUGGAGUCCUUGUGCGACCUGCUCCAGCCAAGUUUAGUGCAGGCCAUCUGGUUUUCUUUUGACGGUGACUGGAGACGGCCGCCCCUUCUGGAGCAGAUCGCCGGCAAAGCC